CGCAACACGUUCUCCAUUCGAACUGGAUCAGUUCCUAGCCGCAUCCACGAGACGUCCCGCCGAUUUAGUUAGAAUAUAGUUGCGAGAGUGCAAAGAGUUCCUUCGCCGAUCGUAAUUUUGACGAUCAAUCGCACAAUGACGACGGUGAAGGUGAGCGGAAAGGAAGGCGAAAGGGUGGUUUGAUACGCAUUGCAGAGCUCAUGUGUAUAACAGUGCUGUUAUUGCUGUUUCUUGCAAUUACGGCGGUCAGUUCUUUGCCGCUCGCUAAUGUGCAUGUGAAAUUUGUGUCGCCCCCUAAUGCAUAUGAGCACAGCGUUACGACAGACGGGGAUCGCACGGUGGCCCAGAAGUCAUUCAUUUCGAUCGGUCGAAGGAACGCAAGGCGAUCGAAGGAUCUGGAUUACAAUUACAGAACGAAUUUACGGCGGAAUCACUUACGACAGGCAAGUCCCACGAAUGUCGAAUCUCUAUGGCCUGUCGGGGUUUUCCUACCGCCAAUUGACGUUAAUGAUCUCGGGUACAGUUGGCACGAGGUGCGACGUGGCCACCCCGAUAUCUUCAAAACGCAAGGUAAAGAUUUCACGCGCUUUCCAUUCUCGCAAUAAAAAUCUAGGAUCCGUCUUGUAUCUUCGUCUUUUGUCUUUUCUACUGUCUUUUACGGUUUGAAUAAAAUAAUAUUCCAGGAGAGGAUUUAAAUCAG